AUGGCUACCAUUACCAGUGUUAUACAGACCGCUUAUCCUGACACGGAGAGUAAAGCUAUCGCUGUAGUGAAUAGCCAGGGCACCUUUGACGCAGUCGUCAAUGCCGUCGACCAGGAAUUGGGUGCUCUCCGAGAGAUCAACAGUGCGAUACACAGCAACCCUGAACUGUGUUACAAGGAGUUCAAAGCUCACGAUAACAUCACAGCUCUUUUGGAGUCCUUGGGCUUCGCCGUAGAGAAGCAUGCCUAUGGCCUUGAGACAUCGUUCGUUGCAGAGUACGGCCAGGGUGGUCGCCUGGUAACCAUCUGCUCUGAGUAUGAUGCCCUCGAGGGCGUAGGUCGCGUGCGCAUCCUUGGCUGCCCUGCUGAAGAGGGCGGCGGCGGCAAGAUCAAGCUCAUUCGCGCCGGUGCCUUUGAGGGCGUCGAUGCUGCACUCAUGGUUCACGCGAGCACGCCCUUGGACAUUCCUCAACCUGCUGGUGCAGCGGCCGUCGGUGGUAGGUCGGUGGCUAUCUUCCGAGGUAUCUUCACUGGCGAGCCGGCACACGCUGGCGUGGUCCCAUGGAAUGGUGUUAACGCGCUCGAUGCCGCGUCAUUGACUUACAGCGCGAUCAGCAUGUUGCGCCAGCAGAUCCGACCUACAGAUCGCCUCAAUCUUUACAUCAAGGAGGGAGGACAAAUGACCAACAUCAUCACGGCGAGAAGCGUAGUGGAAGUUGGUGUGCGUACCCUCACUCUGGGGGAGAAUGAGAAGCUUCAGGAGCGGGUACGAAACUGCUUCAAGGGAGCUGCCCUUGCGACUGGGUGCACGAUUGAGUUUGAGUCAGUGUAUGUAUAUCUCAGCCCGUUACCACGAUCUAUUUACUUGAGCACAUUGCUGACGAUAGGCCUUUUGAACAGAAUGGACACAUACGCCGACCUCCACUCCAAUGAGCCCCUCUGCAACGAGUUCACCGACAUCAUGUCACGGCAUUUUGACAGCCUCUUCCACGGCGACAUGCGCGAUCCACACAUCUCGGGCGGUGGCUCGGACUUUGGAAACGUCAGCUACGAGUGUCCAUCGCUGCAUCCUCUGUUUAUCAUUCCGACCCUCCCGACCAAUAACGUGCAUGCUCCUGGGUUUGCGAGGGCGGCUGGUGAGCCUGCGGCGUUCGAUGCGGCUAUCAAGGCAGCAAAGGGUAUUGCAGUAUUAGGGGUAAGACUGUUGCUAGAUGAAGAGUUUGCGAAGAGGACAAGAGAGGCUUUUGAAGACGAUAUGAAAAAGUAUAAAUAA